GUUGUUCCUCCUUUACGAAAUAUGCGAUUAAUUCAGUUCAAGAUUUUGCGUGCUGAGGUCGAUUGAAGGAGGUUCCAUUCACGCCAUCCACUCCACUCAGAAUCCAUUCUUUCUUGCCUUGGAAUUGAGAACAGAUACCUCGACACGUGAUCGAUCCAUUUUCAUUUUCGUUUGCAUCUUCACCCGAUAAUAAAUUAAUCACGCGCUACAAUGCUGAUCGCGCGCCGCUUCUCGCUCACCAACUUCUUCGUCGCUACCACGGCGCUCGGAUUCCAGGUGUUUGUGCUGUAUCCUUGGCAUAAGAGGCUGGAUGACGAUUUUCAGGAGCUGAAGGCCGAGGCGGUUAGGGCGUUGAGGGAGGGAGAGGAGGCGAGGUUGAGGGAGUUGACGCAGAUCAAGGAGGAGAUUAAGGCGUUAGAGAAGAGGAGUGGUUGGGGUUGGAGGUGAGGUAUUGGGGAUUGUGGGUUGUGGGUUGAGAUUUGGGAGGGUUGGGGAGAGGAGGGGCUGAGAGGAGAACUUCAUCCAAGGAGAAAAUGAUAUGAGCCGGCAGCCAGAGAUUUGUGUUUGCUGAGAUGUCAGGAGAGAGAAUUAUGGCGAAUGUUUAUUUAAACAGUGGGGUUGAUUAUCAGACUGUCAAGGAAUGAUUAGACAAGAUAGAGGCUCAGGUCACUCCUCAUCAUCCACGGAAGGAGUCCAAUGGGUAUCCUGUUAUUAGAAAUAGAAGUAAACAAUAAAUUCUGUUAGGAAUUCGAAAUUGUAUCAGAUCUUGGAGAGUUAGUGG